AUGACUACCAAGAUUGCAGUUCUCACUGACCAGGCUCCCAAGCCCCUUCCCGGAAUUUACUCACAAGCCAUCAUCGCCAAUGGCGUCGUGUACUGUUCCGGAGCCGUGCCUAUGGAUGCCACCACUGGCAAGCUCAUUGACGGUGAUGUGAAGGCGCAUACUCACCAGUGCAUCAAGAACUUGACUCAUGUCCUUAAGGAGGCAGGCUCUGACAUUACCAAAGUGGUGAAGGUCAACGUGUUUCUCUCCAAUAUGGAUGACUUUGCCGAUAUGAACUCGGUGUACACGCAAUACUGGGGCGAUGUGAAGCCAUGUCGCACGUGUGUUGCGGUCAAAACUCUGCCACUCAAUACAGACGUGGAAAUCGAAUGCAUUGCUGUCUUGUAA